CACGUGCGAUCAUGUCUAUAAAAAAUUCUAUUUUUCGGCAGAGCCAACUGAUUUUUCACUUUUGAGUUUCGAUAACAAUCCCUCUCCUAUGCUGCAAACAUCUUAUCAGAACAAAAAAUUGCAAAUCACACACCGUACCUGCAGGCAUUCCUGCACAAACAGUUUAUAAGAUUUCUUCAGAUAUAUAGUGACAACACAACCUUUAAGAACACCGUGUAGGCAACUAGUAAUCCAAUCCAAUCCAGCCUAUAUAAUCCCACUAUAAUCGUCGCCACCAACACCAUACUCACACUUGCAAGCGAAGUGACCAGUGAUCAGAAAUGAAGGCACCACUCCACUCCUCCCCUUCGUCAUCCUCCUCGCCGGCCGCCUUGUGCUCGUCUGUCGCAAAGAAGGCGCGCUUUUCGCCAUUGCUCCUGACGCUGGUGCUCUUCCUCCUCUUCUUCUCCUUCCUCUACGCCGAGGACCUCAAGGAGCUCCUCCGCCGGCAAGCCCAGGAAGCGUCACGCCUCAUCAUCAACAACAAUAACAUUGAGCAUGAGCAAUCGGUAGCACCACCACCAGAGGUGGCCCAGGAGAAGAAGAGGAACAAGUGGAAGGGGAGGCUGGCGUUCGCGCUGAAUGACGACGAGGAGGACGAGGAGUGCGACGUGUUCUCAGGGACCUGGGUGCGUGACGAGGCGGCGCACCCGCUGUACCGCGAGGCGGACUGCCCCUACAUCCCUCCGCAGCUCACCUGCCAGGCGCGGGGGCGGCCUGACACCGCGUACCAGCUCUGGCGCUGGCAGCCGCACGACUGUACCCUGCCGGCGUUCGACGCGAAUCGGAUGCUGGAGACGCUGCGCAACAAGCGGAUGCUGUUCGUGGGCGACUCCCUGAACCGCGGGCAGUUCACGUCCAUGGUGUGCCUGCUCCAGUCCGCCAUCCCCGACGCCGCCGCCAGGUCGUUCGACAUGUCGCCGGACCAGCAGCACACCGUGUUCACCGCCAGGGACUACAACGCGACGGUGGAGUUCUACUGGGCGCCGUUCCUGCUGCAGUCCAACUCGGACAACGCCGUCGUGCACAAGAUCUCCGACCGCAUGGUGCGGCGCGGCUCCAUCGACCACCACGGCCGGCACUGGAGGGGCGCCGACGUCAUCGUCUUCAACACUUACCUCUGGUGGUGCACUGGCCUGCGCUUCAGGGUCCUGCAGCGUGGCUCUCUCGACGACGUCGAGAAGGAGGAGACGGUGUGGGUGUCGACGGAGGAGGCGUACGGCAUGGCGUUCCGGGACAUGCUGCAGUGGGUCAGGGACAACAUGGACUUCAACACCACCAGGGUCUUCUUCACCAGCAUGUCGCCUACGCACGAGAAGAGCCAGGACUGGGGCGACGCGCCGGGCGGGAACUGCUACAACGAGACGGCGAUGAUCGAGGACGCCGGGUACUGGGGCUCGGACAGCCGGCGUAGCGUGAUGCGGGUGAUCCGGGAGAUCCUGGACGGCGACGGCGCCGACGUGCCGCUUACGUUCCUCAACAUAACGCAGCUGUCCAUGUACCGCAAGGACGCGCACACCUCCGUGUACAAGAAGCAGUGGAGCCCGCCGACGGCGGAGCAGUUGGCGAACCCCAAGACCUACGCCGACUGCGUCCACUGGUGCCUCCCGGGCCUCCAGGACACAUGGAACGAGUUCCUCUACGCCAAGCUCUUCUACCCUUAGCCGUCGAUAGGCUGCUGUAAGCAAGUGAAUGACCAUGAUUGAAGCUUGGCAUGGUAAGAUGCAUGCAAGCGAUCUGCAGCUAGAAGAGAUCGAGAGAAAGAAGAAGAGCACAAAUUUCUCGCUUGGUGGUAAACUCUGUUCUUGUUUAUUUACUGUUGUUUUCGUCCA